AUGGCGUCGGAGGAUGUGAAGACGAGCGAAUCUGCGGUGUCGAAGAUUGUUAAUUUAGCGGAGGAGGCGAAGCUCGCAAAGGAAGAUAUAAAGCCCAUUAAGAAUCAAGUUUACAGCAUCUGCAAAUCUCUGGUCGCCGGCGGUGUCGCCGGAGGAGUGUCGAGGACCGCUGUAGCACCUCUGGAACGGCUUAAAAUUUUGCUUCAGGUUCAAAAUCCCCACAAUAUUAAAUACAAUGGUACUGUUCAAGGCUUGAAAUACAUAUGGAGAACUGAAGGCUUUAGGGGAUUGUUCAAAGGCAACGGCACCAACUGUGCUCGAAUUGUCCCAAACUCAGCAGUUAAAUUCUUCAGCUACGAGCAGGCAUCCAAGGGUAUAUUAUAUAUGUACCAACAACAAACUGGGAAUGAGGAUGCUCAGCUGACUCCCGUGCUACGUUUGGCGGCAGGAGCUUGUGCUGGAAUUAUUGCUAUGUCUGCUACAUACCCGAUGGACAUGGUUCGUGGAAGACUUACUGUACAGACAGAUAAGUCUCCUUAUCAGUACAGGGGAAUGUUUCAUGCUUUAUCAACUGUGCUACGCGAGGAAGGCUUCCGUGCACUGUACAAGGGUUGGCUUCCUUCUGUCAUUGGAGUGGUCCCAUAUGUGGGUCUCAACUUUGCUGUUUAUGAAUCACUUAAAGAUUACUUGAUCAAAUCCAAACCCUUCGGGCUCGUGGAAGAUAACGAACUUGGUGUCGUGACAAGGCUUGCAUGUGGGGCUGCAGCUGGCACGGUUGGGCAAACUGUUGCAUACCCGCUUGACGUCAUUCGCAGAAGGAUGCAGAUGGUCGGGUGGAAUAAUGCUUCUUCAAUUGUCACUGGUGGGACCAAGACUGCCCUCGAGUAUAAUGGCAUGAUUGAUGCUUUCAGGAAAACCGUGAGGCACGAGGGAGUUAGGGCCUUGUACAAGGGUCUAGUCCCCAAUUCAGUGAAGGUUGUGCCAUCAAUAGCAAUUGCUUUUGUGACGUACGAACAAGUGAAGGAGUUGCUCGGGGUUGAGAUUAGGAUAUCCGACUGA